UUUUUAUUAUCAGAUGGGGAACAACCUUCUCUGUCGACUGUUGCAACUGAGCAAGUCCAACAAGGAACCAGUGUUUGUCGUAUUUGUGGGAUUAAUUUCACCACCACCUCAAACUUGAGAAGGCAUGAAAAGGAGCAGCAUGAUGGAGAAGAACCAAUGAUGUGCAUUGACACCAAAAAUGGACUCUAUGUGACAACAAAUCAUUCUCAUGGAGUGAGACUUCCUAUACAUGUACAAAAGUGUUUGCCAGCACGGCUGUAUGAUUGUGAAGUAGAUGAAUGUAGAGACUUCAUGAGCAUAGCUGCUCAAAGUGGAAACCCUGGGAAAGAAUGCUACCACCUAGAGAGGACCAGAAAAGCCCAUGUGUAUAUUCCACCUCCAGCACUGAACACUGAGUCUUUGAAUGACACGGUAAAAAAAGGAAUAAUGUCAACAUCUAGACAAGAAGAAUGUAUGGCACUAUACCAACGCGCUAACGCAGAUGAAGCUGACAGUGUGUUUCCAGUUUUCUGGGGGGAACACAGUCUCUCUGACAGAUACAUAUUCUUCUCCGUGUACACUGGUGAGAAGGACAACUGGUGUAAGUUUGGGAGGACCAUUUCAACAUUUGACACAAAAUCAGGCAUUACAGUUUAUGGAAAGGAGUGCCCAGUGUGCCGAAUUCUAGUUUGUUUUCAGGACUACAAUUCAGGAUUUCAUAAUUAUAACAACAGGAUCUUUCUUUCCAUACCCUUAUGUUCGUUUCUGACAACCGGCCUUUCGAAUCACAUUGCUGUUGGACGGAUGCUGCACACAAUUGAGUCCCAUUCUGCAACUACAGUGCCACACAACUCACAACUCACAAAAGCAUUUUAUCACUUUUCUGCUCUCAGGAGGUAUUCCUACAGCUACUUCUGUUACCGCUGUGGACACCACCCAUCUGUUGUCAUUGCUGAUACAAACUGGAAGGUUGCAUUUGAAUUGCCAGUUCAUCUUUUGAAACGUCCAGAAAAACAUAACGACACAUCCCAGGAAACAGAGAUCAGCGUGGCAGCAAGGUGGGAGAAUCUGGAGAAGGAAAUUAUAGCCACUGGAUUCUGUGAUGAUGCAUCCAGCAAUCCAUUUAGAAGCACGUUAUCAUACUCUGGCUUUGCUCCAUGGAUGGGGCAACAUACGAGGAGGAGUGAAACCCUGCCCAAAACAGGGAUUUUCAAAGGGCUAUCCCAAAGUGACAGGGCCAGCACCAGUAAAGAAAGGACAAAUGGAAAGGACAUUGACGAGGACCAGAUUUUGCACGUGCUUUCUUACAUUCAUUUUACUAUGCAACAUAGUAGUAUAAAAUUUUUUUCCUAAAUAUUUUGAAUGUUAAUCAUCUUUUCAUCAGCCUAAAA